UGUAAUUGGUCCAAACCUUAUCCCCUUAUCCUCACCCCCACCCAUCCAUCCAACCUUCACAAAGCUCAUACAACACUCUCAUCUACAUUCCAUUCCACAAACCACGAACCAUCUCCCAUCUCCAACUCCCCAUGGCCAUGGCAACCCAAGCUUCCCUCUUCACUCCACCCCUCUCCAACCCAAAACCCGGCGACCGCGUCGCCCUGGCGGUACCCUGGAAAUCCUCGUCUUCGCCCUUCGCCAUACCGAAGCCGCACAAGUUCUCCCACAUAAGGGCGGCUGCGGCUGCAGAAGGCAAAGCAGCCGCAGCGCCCGCCAAGGAGGCUCCGGAGGGAUUCACUCCACCGGAGCUAGACCCGAACACGCCGUCCCCAAUAUUUGGAGGCAGCACGGGCGGGCUCCUCAGGAAGGCCCAAGUGGAGGAAUUCUAUGUGAUCACAUGGGACUCCCCCAAGGAACAAGUGUUCGAGAUGCCAACGGCGGGUGCGGCGAUAAUGCGGCAGGGCCCGAACCUGCUGAAGCUGGCUAGGAAGGAGCACUGCCUGGCGCUGGGGACAAGGCUGAGGUCGAAGUACAAGAUAAAGUACCAGUUUUAUAGGGUAUUCCCUAAUGGGGAGGUGCAGUACUUGCACCCCAAGGACGGGGUGUACCCGGAGAAGGUGAACCCUGGUCGCCAGGGGGUGGGUCUGAAUUUCCGAUCCAUCGGCAAGAACGUGAGCCCCUCCGUCGUCAAGUUCACCGGCAAGCAAGUCUAUGACUUGUGAGCAGAUGAUAAGGUGAACGGUGCUGUGUUCUGGUGACCAUGUAUUUUGUGGUUAUGUGAUUUAAAUUCGGUGGGUUUUUUUUUUCGGAAUUUGUAAUGUUAAAUUUCCUUAAGUUUUUAAGAGAGUUACAUUGGAUAUGUAAAAGAUAUGAACAUGAAAUGUAAUUGGUUGUGUUUGUCAUCAAUUUAGACAGAUGUUUUUGCUAAA